GUGAGCUGUGAUUGGUCACAGCUUGUCACAUGGUACAAGGCUGUUGUGAAUAGCCUUGUACCAUGUGACCUCUGUGAUCAUUCACAGAUUUCACACGUAGUAAGCAAUGAUGUCACAAGUGACAUCUCGCUUACUACUUUGCAUGUGAUCACUGAUUGGCCAAUCAGUGAUCACAUGAUCGGGACCUCGUACAGAGGUCCCGUCCGACGAUCGAAACGACCAUUCUUCCCGAUGGGUGUCCCAAAGCAGGGCGGGUCCACACACUAUACAAUUUUCUUGAGAUUUUUGUUUUAGAUUUACCAAAAACCAUAUAAUAUCAGGUCAAACCUGA